AGUGUGCAAUAACAUACAGCACACACAUUCACGAUAGUGUAUUGCCUACAUUGCAUGCAUGCAAUAUGACACGUAUAUAUGACACACACAGCAUAAUCACAACACGUCUACGUAACAAAACACUGGUUUAGUCCGUACUUCGACAGGCAACCAAAGACUUGCAUUUCUAUACCGGGUAAAUCCCUGCAUUUUUUACAAAGUGUUUCAGUAUUUCGAUUUUUGUCGCCGUGGUCUUACGGUCGGUCGCACUGCCUUAUUCACCGUUAUGUCUUCAUCGAUGAGUCGCCGGGAAUGCUUCCAUAUCCUGGGUUUACCUCUCGAAUCUAGUUCAGAGGAUAUCAAGCAGGCCUACCGAACAAAAGCAAAGGACUGUCACCCGGACAAGAACCCAGACGACCCCGAGGCCACGGCGAGAUUUCAGAAGAUAAGCCAAGCAUAUCAAAUACUACAAAAAGAUUUUCGUGAAUCUUCUUCUUUCAACGAUGAUAGCGACAGCGAUGAUGGUGCCGGCUUCUCGUUUUUUGAUUUCCUCUUAAUUUUCCAACGAGAGAUGAUGCGUGAAGAAUUACGAAGACGGGAGGCUAUGAGGAGGCGCGAUGUAUUCUACAAUAUGGUUUUUGGCCCAUUUGUUUCACCGCACAUGCGCCGCUUCGAUGAUGAUGACGAUGAUUUCUUGUUCGAUUACGAAUUCAGACAGAGGUAUCGCAGUUCUGACAAUCGGGAACGAUACAGCGAGCGGGCACAGCCUGCGAGCAACCGCGGUACCACAGGAGGGCGCUACCAACAGACUCGUCCCCAAGUACACACUCCGUCGGGUGGUCGCCAAAGACGGGAUCGUCCACAGAGCGCUUCCGCCGCGUCAUAUACGCCCCAGCGACCCCGCUAUCAGUCACAGGAGACCUCGUCCAGGGGGAGGUCGGAUCACAAACCUGGAUCAGACUGGGGCCAAACCGGAGCAGCAAGCCGAGACACGCCGAGAAAGGACGGCGGAAAUCCUGGGAAGCGUAACGACUUCUCAUCCCGAGCCUUCAAAUCAGACCAGGAGAAGCAAGGCACUCGGCCAAAAAGCGAAAGCCGACCCGACAGGAGUGCAGCGGAGAGCGACACAGCAGCGGCUGAUGGCGAAGGCGAAAAAUGUUCCAGCGGGUUUGUCUCAUCGUCAGAGAAGGGCCAACCCAUCAGGCAAAAACCUAAAAAGGCGCCCGCUUUUGUCAUCCAAAAGCAAAAGACAAUGACUAAGAAGCAGUUGAUAGCGCAGCAGAGCAGACGACAGAAAGAAGCCAACGAAAUCGGCAAGGAACUGCGCGCUAAGGCCGAAGCCAACUUGAAGCUGAGAGAAGAACUGAAGACCAAGACUAAGUAGCAAAAGAAAACGCUGUUGCCUAUAAGUUCCCUCCACACAUUGGUGGGCAGUGGGCGAAGACGAUUCUUUUUGUGUCCAGUUUCAAGCAAAAUCAAGACAACCCUAACCUUGUUACAGCCGGAGACAUGGAAGGCC